CUCUGGGCCUCAGCCUCUGUCAUUCUCGGGCGAGUAGUUUGUUGACAAGAUGGAGUUCUUACUUGGCAAUCCAUACAGCACUCCUGUGGGCCAAUGUAUAGAGAGGGCCACAGAUGGAGGCCUUCAGAAUGAGGACUGGACCCUCAACAUGGAGAUCUGCGAUAUCAUCAACGAGACAGAAGAGGGGCCUAAAGACGCCAUGAGGGCACUGAAGAAGAGGCUCACCGGCAAUAAGAACUACAGAGAAGUGAUGCUGGCAUUAACAGUUUUGGAAACCUGUGUAAAGAACUGUGGCCACAGGUUUCACGUCCAGGUGGCCAACAGAGAUUUCAUUGACGGUGUGUUGGUCAAAAUCAUCUCGCCCAAAACCAAUCCUCCAACCAUUGUGCAAGACAAAGUGCUGUCACUCAUACAGGCCUGGGCUGAUGCCUUCAGAAGCAGCCCUGACCUCACUGGUGUGGUUCACAUUUACGAGGAACUGAAGAGGAAGGGCAUCGAGUUCCCAAUGGCUGAUCUUGAUGCGCUAUCUCCCAUCCACACACCACAGAGGGGUACACCAGAGGUAGACCCCGCCAUGAUCAAAUACCUAGCACCUGCUUCCCCUGCUGUUGGGACUCCUAGACCUGCCCCAACACCUGCCCCUACAGUACAGGAUUCCCAGGUGCCUGGCCCCAUCACAGCAACUCCUGAACAGAUUGCACGGCUGCGUAGCGAGCUGGAUGUAGUGAGAGGAAACACCAAAGUUAUGUCAGAGAUGCUUACAGAGAUGGUACCUGGCCAGGAAGACGCCUCUGACCUGGAGCUGCUGCAGGAGCUGAACAGAACAUGCAGAGCCAUGCAGCAGAGAGUCGUUGAGCUGAUUUCACGCGUCUCCAACGAGGAAGUGACAGAGGAGCUGCUGCACGUCAAUGAUGACCUCAACAACAUCUUCCUCCGCUAUGAGAGGUAUGAGAGGUACAGGUUGGGUAGAUCUGCGCAGAACAAUGGGAUGUUGAAUGAAGCCACAGAGGACAACCUGAUAGACCUGGGUCCAGGCUCACCAGCAGUGGUCACGCCCCGGAUCGUCUCCAGCCCUCCACCACAGUCUCCAACUGGGGCCACUGCCUCCCCGGCCCGGGACCCCACUCCUGCCUCGCUGUCUUCUGCACUAGCUGGUCUUGAUGUAGCAUCAGACAACAUGAGCGGCACCUUGACCUCUUUACCAGGCCCCAAGCAGGACGACUUUGACAUGUUUGCCCAGACCAGGAGCAGCUCUCUGGCAGAACAACGUAAAAAUGUAACAUAUGAAGACCCUCAGGCUCUGGGCGGCCUGGCCUCUGCUUUGGAUGUGAGACAACAGAAUGCAGGAGGGCUGAGGGUAAAAGGGGAUGAUAACCCAGCAGAUCAGGAGCUGCCCAUAGACAGCUGGCUUAUUACCCAAGGAAUGAUCCCCGUAUCGCAGUCCUCUGUUAUGGAUGACAUAGAGGAGUGGCUCUGUGCUGACGUGAAAGGGGAUACUUCAGAGGAAGGGGUAACCAGUGCAGAUUUUGACAAGUUCUUGGAGGAGCGAGCCAAGGCAGCUGACACUCUGCCAUCUCCCCCUGGAACUGACCCCGCUCAGCCAGCCCGGGCCCCCGCAGGCUCCCAAAAGAAGGCUGAACGGACUGAAGACACCCUCUUUGCCUUGUAGACUGCCUCUCAGAGAGCCUCCAUCUCUCUCGAGGGCUUCUAAAGGUCCUCGCCCUGUGUGAUUCCUCCAAAACAGUCCUUCCAGUCUCAUUCCAUCGCUGACUGGCAGUGGUGUAGCAAGUGAUCUCCACCUUCUUGUCGUUUUCAUGCCACAGUGUUGCUCUAACAUGCAGAGGUCCAAUGUGUUUACUGCACACAACUGUGCUGCGUUAUACUAUAUAUGGAUGUAUUAAUCUGUUAAUAUGGGGUGUACUACUCGCAGCCCUGUGUCUUAAUCGUCAUGCACCACCAAAGGAAGACAGCCGUUCUUGUCUGAUGUGGUUCAAAGGUGUAGUAUAUUACUGCAAAAGAAGUGGAAGAAAGUUCCUUGAAGGUCGUGCAUUGAGUCAGCACAGAAGAAUACAAUUAUACUGUGUUGUUUAACUAUAUUUAGCUAAUUGCUAAUUUAUGCAUUUAUAUUUUAAUUGAUUGCUCUUUAUUAUGUGCAAGCGCUGUGGUAAAGGUUAGUUUAUGCAUUUUUUCUCCACAACUAGAGCUCUAGUUGUGCUUCUAAUACUGAGAUGAGUCAAAUGGCGAAUCUGGAAGCGAGAGUGUGGAGAAAAAAAAUGUAUGUUAGCAGGCUAAUUUUGCUAACUAUGAAUAUUAUAGCUAUAUUUUAGCUAAUCUUAACAAGUGUAUGCCAGCAUUCCUUUAACCAAAGGGAAAAAGACACAAAAAUAGAAAAGCACUAGUUGGUAAUGUCUAUUAUGUUUUUCAAACUCCUAAGGGGAAGGAAUGUGUCCACAGAACAUUUCCCAUCAUCCUUUACAGUCCCCUGAGAAGCUAGCUUAGAAAAUAUGCUCUUAAAUAUUUCAGUAACUUUUAUCCAUUCCAAAGAAGUUUAAGGCUUUAAAGAACAUUUAGCACUGAACUCAGCCUGUUGAACAAUAAUCAUGUGUAUCAUUUUGGGGAUAUGAACAUUUUUCUUCCCCUGCUAGAUUCAUGUAUUUGAUGCAGAAACAAAUAUUUUUGUUGUCCUUUUGUGUUUAUAAGAUGGUUACUAUUUUUCUAGGGGAGGGGAAGAGUCCCGUUUUGCACAUAAGUUUUCUAAUUGUGUAUAGCAGUGCUCGGUCUGUAAGAAUUAGACUGUUAAACUCAAGAUUGCAAACAGCUCUUAAUCAAUGUUACAUGUAGAUACAAUACAAAAUAUGGCAUUUAAAAAAGCAGCCAAAUUAGCACUUAGUAAUCCACUGAAGACAAAACAUAGCUUAUAAUAACGCAGCGUCUGCAAACAUUCAUAUCAGUAGACCAUCCUUAAGCCUGGUUUGUAAUUAAGCAUUGAAUCUACGCCGUAGCUACACUGUUGGGACCACCAUGCUCCACCUAGUCUGCAGUGUGAUUUCUAGCUAGUUAUAUCACUAGGAGCCCUGCACAAUCAGACAAAUUCAUGCUGAAGAUUUACAAAAGCUUGUGCAGAUGUCAUCUGCAAUAUCAUCUGUAUAAAACUGAGACGAAGAAAUGUGAAUGUUUAGACCAAGGCAGAAAAUAAAGAGAAGGAGACAGUAUUGGCACAGGAUCGAACCUUGAGGUACUCCCUUGUGAAUAUUUGGCAGAAGUAAAACCGUCCUACUGAACAUUUCUGCACCGGUGUUUUGACGGCUAUUCUAAAUAUCCUCUUUGAGUUUAGGUCAAAAGUUCUAGCCCAUUUUUACAUCAUUUCUCUGUAAUAUGCAUAUUGAACAAAGAACUCACUAGAUAUCUGCAUUUUGAGUAAAUUUGAAUUUAUAAACUCACCAGGAGUCCGCCAUUUUUUUGUCUGCACUGGUAGUGUGAUGUCGUUUGGCCACAGCACUCCUCGGCUCUUACUCUUUCUAUGCAGUAACCAGCUGUUUCCAACUGGCAGUGUGUUUUGCAGCUGCUGCAUUUGCUGCUCCGGCGCAAGUCAACCUUCAUACAAGGCACAAGCAUUAUGCCUGCUGUCAAAGCUCUGUCAUUCUUCCAAAGUUCUACAUCAAUAAACCUCCCAACAAGUGGGGAGUUUUGGCGUUUCUCAAAAAAAAAAUGCAAGAGUGGGUUUUUGCUUUAAAAAGCACAAACCAGAAGUUUAAUUGUGCUGUUUUUAUCUUUCCUGUGACAUAUUGUACUGGUGUGGAGACAGAAAGCUUCACAAAUAUUAGAAGUUUAGCAAAUAACUUUAAUAAACGGACACAUUUAGCUUGUUUCCUUCAUCAGAGUCAUCAAGAAACAGAUUGCAAGUAUAUUUUACUGAUUAUGGGCAUAAAUUUUCUUCAUCAAGGUGAAUAUAGCUGUCUGUCAUUUCCUGUCUUUUUUGGCCAAUAAAAGCACACAGCACGCAGAAAAAAUAGGCGAGACCUUGAUCCUCUAAAUCAGUGGUUCUCAGUGGUCCAGCCUCAGGACCUACCAAUAUCUUUGGAAACAAAAUCACGACACAAAUUUCCCAAAAAAUAUCAACUCAUGUUUGGUAAAUAAAAAUGUUGCACUUAAGCUCUUAGAGGAGCAGAAUUUAUGAUGCGAAAAUCAUGAGAAAUUACUUCAUUAUUUUGUUGAAAGCAGCUUUUUAUUGCAAGAAAAGGAGAUAAAUCAGUCUAAUAAAACAUUUACCCAUUAUCACAAUAAAACAGAGUCAGAUUGAAGUUAUUUUUUUACAGACACACAUUCGCGACCCUGGAAAAACUGCGACCCACUUUUGGGUUCCGACCCACUAGUUGAGAACCACUGCUCUGAAUUCUCUGUGUGUGAGACCCGGUGCUCACACAGGAAGUCUGACAGCCCUACCUUGUUAACAUGCACAGGAACGUAAAAAUCAAGCCAGCAGAGACUGGAAGUCCCCUGAUGCUACCCAGCUGACCAAUCACGGGGCAUCUGGUCUGUGUUGUUUGGAGAUGCAGCUAUAUUUUUGAAGAGGUGUACAUUAGGCUACACAUAUGGGCUUCUGUGGAGCCACAUGAACCUACGGCGUUGAUUUGAUGCCUCAGUAUGGAUCAGGCUUUACUCUACUCUAUGUAACAGUAUACCUCAAUUUACAGAAAGUUAAGUUCUGUAUCUGAUUAGAAAUGUAUCAGCUCAUAGUUGUAUCCAAAAAAAUAAGAGGUUUGAGGAAUAUUUGAUCUCCUGAUUGUAUUUUUUAGAGUUUAUGUAAGAAAAUAAUUUGUCCCCAUCAAAUGUCUUAUUUUGUGCUUGAGAAUAAGUGUGUAGAAAAUGAACAAAAAUCCCUCUCUUUAGUCAAGCAAAGACUUUUUUAUUUCUGCAUAUUUUUUUCUCACUGGCAUGACUCAUCUGCACUCAUUUGGAGCUGCUGCAAAACAUCUUUGUAUUUGACUGAUAUCUGCUUAGAAGCUCAGAUGGUAGCUUGUCUUUAGUGCGACUAUUCACAGUUUAAUGCAAGAUGCAUUUUUCGCUUCAUUCCAGUAUUUUUACUAAUCGUGCGUUUAUUAUUUUGACUCUAAGUAUUUUUAUGAAGAGGCAUUCCAUUUAAAGCUCCAUGUUGUCUGUAUACUGUAAAACUGCUAAUAGAAGCCUAUCAUAAUUUAAGGCCCAGUGCCUUUAACAAGCCUGAUGUUGGAGCAGGAUUUGACAAAUGCAUCUUGAUAUUUUGUUUUUUUAAAGAAAUUAGAAAAUCAAAGUCAAAUCCACAUGCUCCUUCAUUUACAGCCAGCUGCCAGUCUUUCCCAUCUUUAGUGCACAAGUUUUAACUAAAACAAUGAAAGGGUUGUGUUUUAUCGGCACUGGUUUUAUAGAAAGAUAGUGUGAUUUCAUUCUCCUAAAUUGAUAAAAGCCUGUUCUCUUAAUUGAAGUUUGUACGGGUCUUAUCAGUAGAUGAAAAUAAUUUGAUUUAUUACAUGUGUUAGCACAAAAGCGGAAAACAGUGUGUGUUUUUUAGUUGUUGAAAAAUAAUCAUUAAUGAGCUUUAACUUUUUUUAAUGCUGUAUGGUAACUUAAAAUAUAUUCAGAUUAAUAUGGUUGCCAGAUAACUGAGAUGAUAGCGUUAAAUUUACAAUCAACCAGUGUGUUCACUUUAAAAAAAACGUACCAUGAGGGCUUAACAAAGUUUAUCACUAAAAAUGCAAAAAGGAAACCUUUGAAAGGGAACGUGAGAGUAUUUUUCUGAUUGUGUGUUUGGCAUUUAUGGACCUGUAACAUUUUUUAUUUGCUUUUAUGAGGUUUAAGUCCUGACUGCAACAUGUAUUCCUCAGAAGUAUUGCUAUGUUUGAAAAGAAUGUCUUUUAAUACUGAUGAAGCAGAAGUGUUUGCUGAUGUUACAUGAAAGAGAGGAUUUGUUUUUCUGUUGGUGGUUGUCCCGUGUCUGAUGCCAUUACUAAUGGUCAGAUUUUCUGUUUGGCCUAAUGCACGUAUUUAACAGCCCAAUAAAACACUAGCAGUGUGUGACCUCUA